UGCAGGAGCAGUAUGGAGUGCUCUUGGAAGACUCUAUUGCUGCUGGUGUGCACAUCCUUGGGGGUGCAAUACACUGCCAUCCGUUCCCUCCGUGACUCCUUCAGUGGCCCAUGCCAAGACUCCGCCCACUGUCAAGGACACCAGAGUAAAGAGCAGAGAUUGAAAUAUCUGUGCGAUGACAGUCAUGUCCCAGCUGAAACUAAUGCUGCUCGGAAACACAUCCUUCUAUUUGCGCAAACUCGUAGUGGCUCAUCCUUCACUGGACAGCUUUUCAAUCAGCACCCAGCCAUCUUUUAUGUUUUUGAGCCACUCUACCAUGUCCAGCAGGCCUUCACCAAUUCUAGUAGUCGCCUGCAAAGGGCUUUGGAUGGUAGAGCUCUUUUGGGGGCCUACAGAGAUCUCCUUCUCAAUCUCUACAACUGUGACAUCAACUUCCUGGAGAGUUACAUUCGCCCUGAACCACAGGAUCACAUGACUGGAGCCUUUUUCCGACGCAGCUCAAGCCACGCCCUCUGCACACCCCCUGUCUGCUUAGAAGGAAGUGAGGAGAUCCUAGAAGGACAACCGGAUGAAGCCUGGUGCCCCAAAAAGUGCCAAGCCUUGAACCUCACCCUGGCCUCUCAGGCUUGCCAAGCACAGAACCACGUGGCCAUCAAGACAGUUCGUAUCCCUGAGGUAGGAGAUCUACGUACUCUGUCAGAAGACCCCCGUUUAGAUUUGAGAAUUGUACACUUGGUGAGGGACCCCCGAGCCAUUCUUGCCUCACGCAUGUCUGCUUUUGCGGGUAAAUUCAGGGCCUGGAAGAUCUGGAAUGCCACUGGCCGCCAACCACGGUACGUGGACCUGACACCAAUAACAAGAACAUGCAGAGAUAUCGAGUAUUCAGUGGAGACUGGCCUGCAGAACCCUACUUGGCUGCGGGGGAGGUAUCUUUUGGUGCGCUAUGAAGACUUGGCCAUGAAUCCGGAGGAAAAAGCCAAGGAGAUCUACAGAUUCCUGGGGAUGGACUUGCAUCAAAGAGUGGUCACAUGGAUUGCAAAUAACACCAAUGGCACUGCCCCAUCUUCUUCGGAUUGGAACUACAAGUACUCUACCAAAAGAGACUCUAAAGCCACAGCUCAGAGCUGGAGGGUGCAUCUAAACUUUGAUAUUGUUAAAACAGUUCAAUCUCUAUGUAACAGAACUCUUGCCUUACUAGGCUAUAAGUUCUUCCAUUCCAUAGGUGAACUAAGGAAUGUAACAAAGAGUUUAAUGGAGCCUAGGACAUAG